GCAGCAGGAGGAGGAGCAGCAGGAAGAGGAGGUGGUGCAGCAGCAGCAGCGGCAGCAGGAGAGGGAGGAGGAUCACACAUCGGCCAGCAUGUCGGGCAGCGUGAUAACUAGUGCGUCGAGCGAGGGAACGUGCAGCGACACGUCGCCUCGCGAACACAGCAGCGACUCUUGUGACUUCUCCCUGCUGGACAGAGGAGGAGGAGAAGGAGGAGGAGGAGGAGGAGGAGGAGGAGGAGGAGGAGGAGGAGGAGGAGGAGAGAGGAGUGGGAAGAUCCUCCCGUACACGGACCAGCAGCGGCAGGCGCGCAUACAGUACUACACUCAGCGACUGCAGCGUGCGCGCGCGUCCGAACAACACCACCGCCACCACAACCACCACAACAACAACAACACCCAGCAGCAACAACAACAACAGCAACAACAGCAGCAACAGCAGCAGGAGGAGAUAAUGAGUGAAGAACCGACAGGCUUCGUGAAUCCCAUGGCGCGACUCACGGUAGAGGAGAAGCCAUCAUCAGCAGCAGCAGCAGCAGCAGCAGCGGAGACGACGACGACGACGACGACGACGACGACGGGAAAACAGCCGAGGGGCAAACCAUCACGAUUCGCUCACCGCAUCCAGCCACCCACCCCAGGGAGCAUCACCGUGAGCGCGUCCGACUCGUCGACGGACGCCACCGACGAUGACGAUGACGACGGCGACGACGGCCAGCAGCAGCAGCAGCCCAGCAGCUCCGGGUUGAGCGAAGGCAGCAGUGCGUGAGUAAGGAUCGUACGAGACUGCCGCCGGUAACAUCUCCAACGUGUGCUUCGACGACGCCGCCAUCACCGUCAACAACAACGGCUUGCAGCAGCAGCAGCAGCAGCAGCGACCGCGUGGAUCUAGGAGAGGCGCGGCGGGGAAGGCGUCGCGUCGCA